CGUCAAACACGAACAUCAAACUGUCAAACUUUGUUAUUUCGAUUUUCGGACUGUGGGUUGUAUUCGUUUUAUUCAUAUGUUAUAUUGUUUAACUUAAAACGGAUAUACAUUAAAGGGAUUUAAAAUCAUUUUGCGAUAUUAAAAAAUCUAGCGCUAAUACUGAACAUUAAAAUGACCAGUUCUGGAAAAGGCACUUUUCAACCGGAUUCCGAUGUUCAUAUAUCAUUUGAAGAUCAACAGAAAAUAAAUAAAUUUGCAAGACUUAAUGCUAAAGUUGAUGACAUAAAGCAAGAGCUCAAAAUGAAGCAAAAUGAUUUGAAAAAUCUGGACGAGGCGGUAGAGGAAUUAAGUUUGGCUGACGACACGGAGAAAAUUCCAUACCUUAUUGGCGAGGUGUUCAUAUGCCAGAGCUUAGAGGAUACCUUAAAAUCAUUGGAGGUGACAAAAUCUAAAAAACAAGAUGAAAUAAAAGAAUUGGAUGCAAAAUAUGAAGAGCUGAAGGCACAGAUGGGAGAAUUGAAACUUCACUUGUAUGGGAAGUUUGGAAGUCACAUCAAUUUGGAAAAUGAAGAGGAGUAGAUUACUGUAAAAAAUUUUUUUAGCUUUUACUGUUUAUAUUCUAUAAUCAAGCUUAACUUUCUAAUAAAGAAAUUAAUUUAAUUAUUUUAUGAAAGUUAGCAUUUAUCAAUUUCACUAAAUAUGGCGUUUAGUUAUAAAUUGUGGAAAAUUAAAGCACAU